AUGUCUUUACCUAUCUGGCUCGACUGUGACCCAGGUCAUGAUGAUGCUAUGGCCAUUGUAUUAGCAGGAUAUAAUUCGAAGCUUAAUCUUUUGGGUAUCUCUACUUGUCAUGGUAAUCAGUCUCACGACAAGACACUUCGAAAUGCAGCCUUGUUUGUAAAGGCUGCUGGUCUAACGAAUAUCCGUAUUAUACCCGGUCAAGACAAGCCUAUUAUGCGUAAAUCUUUGGCUGCUCCUGAUAUCCACGGUGAAUCUGGAUUGGAUGGUACACACGAAAUGCCGGUCUUUGAUCCCAGAUUUAUCAAUGACUCGGAGAAGGCAGUCCCGUAUCUUUCCCGCCUUCUCCUCCAGGCACCCACUCCGGUCACCUUAGUUGCCACUGGACCCCUGACAAAUUAUGGAUUACUGCUCACCCUGUAUCCAGAAGUCAUACCAAAGAUCAAGAAAAUUGUAUUUAUGGGCGGAUCUAUUGGCCCAGGAAAUUAUUCUGCUGCAGCAGAGUUUAAUAUUCUGGUUGAUCCAGAAGCUGCUCAUAUUGUAUUCAAUUCAGGUGUUCAUGUGUGCAUGGUACCUUUGGAAGUAUCACAUACUGCCAUUGUAACUGACAGGGUUCUUGAACAACUUGACACUCGAUGCAAAUCAUCACCUUUCAGUCGGCUGGUUAUUGAGCUGCUAUUGUUUUUCAAAAAGACAUAUGAAGAGGUGUUCCAAUUCAACCAGGGACCUCCACUUCACGACCCAUGCACGAUUGCGUAUCUGAUUGCACCUGAGAUAUUUACAGUCAAGACUAUGGGUGUUGAUGUUGUUACAGAUAAUGGUCCCUGUCUUGGCCAGACGGUGUGUGAUAUCUAUGGACGGACAUCCUACCCAAAAAUCGAUGUAACAAUGACGAUGGAUCCAGACGCAUUCUUUAGAUUGAUGUUGGAUGCCUGGGUGAAAGCCGAUGGACAGUCUCCGAUGAAUCAGUCGUGUCACCUCAAGACAGUCUAA